AUGACAACCUGGGUUCUUGGCUUUGUAAACAGGAUGUGUCGGGGACCAGCCCGAAUUUCAGGCUGUCGAGUGGCUGACACAGGCAGGGUCUCAAGGUGGGAACGAGAUGGACAGAAGCAAGGAAGUAGAGUUCUGCCUAGAUUGCUUCCUGGGGCACCAGACCUGGAGCACUGUCUGCAGGUCUCCCCUUCUGGUCCAGGGAACCAAGUAUGGCAGCCGGACCUGCCUCUGCCUAGCCAUCCCCCACCUGGUCUUGAAUAUUUAAGUCAGUUAGACCUUAUAAUUAUACACCAGCAGGUGGAGCUUCUUGGAAUGAUACUCGGCACUGAAACCUCUAAUAAAUAUGAAAUUAAAAACAGCUUAGGACAAAGAAUUUACUUUGCUGUGGAGGAAAGCAUAUGUUUCAAUCGUACUUUCUGUUCCACCCUGCGAUCUUGCACUCUGAAAAUCACCGACAACUCAGGACGAGAGGUGAUUACAGUGAACAGACCCUUGAGAUGUAACAGCUGCUGGUGUCCUUGCUACCUACAAGAGUUAGAAAUCCAAGCUCCUCCUGGCACUACAGUUGGUUAUGUUGCACAGAAAUGGGACCCAUUUCUGCCUAAAUUUACAAUCCAAAAUGCAAACAAAGAAGAUAUUUUGAAAAUUGUUGGUCCUUGUGCAACAUGUGGCUGUUUUGGCGAUGUGGAUUUUGAGGUGAUGACCAUUAAUGAAAAGCUUACAAUUGGUAAGAUUUCAAAGUAUUGGUCGGGAUUUGUAAAUGACGUCUUCACAAAUGCUGACAACUUUGGGAUUCACGUUCCCGCAGAUCUAGAUGUGACAGUCAAAGCAGCGAUGAUUGGUGCUUGUUUUCUCUUGGAUUUUAUGUUCUUUGAACAUUCACUGGCUGGAUUAUAACAAGUGGGAUAACAAAACCAAAAUAUGCAGAACUUAUUUCAAGAUCUUUUGAGCUCAGGAUUUAGUUUCUGAAGGGUUUGAUUAUUUGCUUUUUUGUAUAAAAGUGUUAAAUAUUUUACUUAUUAAAACAUAGUGUAAUGAAGC